AAAAACAUCGAUGUAACAUCGAUGUUAUCGAUGUUGCCAAAAAUAUUUUUAACAUCGAUGGUUUUCUGGAAACAUCGAUUAUCGUCACUUGCAACCGAGAAACAGAAAGCGUGUGAACAAUAUUUGUGGUAUUUGGUAAACAAUAGUGGUGUUGGUGGCAAAGUGCUUGCGUAAUGGACAAGUUCAUUAAAAGAACCAGAACAUUGUUGGACAACGAGAACGAUGAAAACAUACCGAGUCCCAAGCGGACAAAAAAGGAAAUUUCAAAGGUAUGGGAGUUUUUCAAGAAGGGCUCAAAUCAAACAGCGACUUGUUUGAAAUGUGGUAAAGUCUAUAAGACUUCGGGAAAUACGAGCAAUUUAAUGCAGCACUUAAAUACUGCUCAUUUAGAAAGUGUGCAAAACAUUCCCGAAUCGCUGUCGCCAUGUAUGGACAAAUUCCUAAAAAAAAAUAAACAAUAUGAAAAUGGCUCUGCGCGAAAGGCUACAAUCGACAAAGCUGUUUUAAAAAUGAUAGCCAGAGAUGUGCAACCAUUUAGCAUAGUAUCGGAUCCAGGUUUUAUAGACCUGGUAAAAACCUUGGAUCCCAUGUAUAAGCUGCCAAGCAAAACCCAUUUGCGUAACGUUACCCUUAAAAGCGAGUACGAGGCCUUAAGGGUAAAACUCCAAGACAUUUUAAAUAAAGUGGAGCACGUUGGCAUUACAACGGAUUGCUGGACGUCAAAAGCCAAUGAAGGCUAUAUAACAGUGACUGCUCACUUCAUUUCAUCAAAAUUUGAUCUCCAAUCGGCAGUUUUAUCAACGGAUAAGUUGAUAACUCCAACAAGCCAUUCAGCCGAUACAAUAGCGGCUUCUUUAAAAAUCAUUUUAUCAGAGUGGGGCUUACUUCGAAAAGUGACAACUAUUGUCACUGAUAAUGAAGCGAGCAUGGUAAAGGCUUGUCGAAAUUUAGAAUUAUGCUUCGCCAUGCUUCGCACAUACAAUUAACCUGCUGGUCCAGGAAGUGCUGAAGCACCCAAUGGUAUCUCCGUCCAUGACAAAAUGUAAGCGUAUAGUGGCUUUUUUUAAAAGCAGCACUGUUGCUUAUGAAAAGUUUAAGCAGGCCCAAGAAUUUUCUAAAACAGCAUAUAGCUUAAUCCAAGAGGUUCCCACCCGAUGGAACUCUGCUCUUUACAUGGUGCAGCGCAUAUUAGCGACAAACGAGCAUAUUUCAACAGUGCUUCUGAUCACACCAAAAGCCCCACAGCCGUUCUCAGCAGAGGACAUCUUUAUUUUGGAAGACUUUGCUAACAUCUUGGAGCCCUUUGAGCACGCUACUCGGUCUAUUUCGCAAGAAAAAAACGCUUCAAUAUCGAUAUUAAUUCCUCUUAUAUGUGAAUUAAACAAAAAGAUGGUUGAUAUUAAGCCAAAAAUUAAGACUACAGAGGGGAAAUCAAUUUUCGAUUUUCUAACGGCUCGUAUGCCAGAGCGUUUCGCCCAUUAUGAGGUUAGAACAGUCCCAAGAUUGGCAACUAUUCUGGAUUCAAGGUUUAAAAAAGAUGGUUUUCUCUCUCAGUCGAAUUCAGACCAAGCUGCUAAGGCUUUAGAGAAUGAGUUGUACAACACAUUGUCCAAAAUGCAGCACGAUACGCCAACACCACCAAAUCCAGAACCGGAAAAAAAAAAAUUUACGUUCCUACAGCAAAAAGUCGCUGUUAAAUCUAAGUCGACCCGAACAGACGCUAUUAUAGCUCUAAGACAAUAUUUGGAGGCUCCAAAUUCCCCGGAGAACGUCGAGCCCCUAGAUUUCUACAAGAUAUGCCCUGAUUCCAUGGAAGCUUUGAAAAGCAUUGCAAAGCAAUACUUUUGCGUUCCAGCAUCUUCCACGGCGUCCGAGAGGAUCUUCAGCAAAGCUGGCCAAGUCAUUAGUGAGCGCAGGAGCUCUCUUAAA